AUGACUGAUCUAGUGUGUCGGGGAUGUGGCUUGUUAAUUUGCAGCGUUCGUGACAUUGUUAACAUGAAUAGUGAAGGGACGAGUUCUCACUUUGUGAACAGCGCGGGUUACAUUCACGAGAUGGUGACCGUAUCACUUGCACAGAACUUCGUUCCUCGAGAUCAGCCUUGUGCGAAAUUCAGCUGGUUUCCUGGCACAACUAUGGCUGACAUUAAGCCCAACCAUACCAUCUACAUCAACAACCUCAACGAGAAAAUCAAAAAGGAUGAGCUGAAGAAAGCGUUGCACGCUAUUUUCACGCAGUUCGGUGAGAUUGUCAGUAUUAUGUCAUUCAAGACGCUGCGCAUGCGAGGACAGGCACACAUUAUUUUCAAGGAGAUUUCUUCGGCGUCAAACGCAUUGCGAGCUAUGCAAGGAUUCCCAUUCUACGACAAACCGAUGCGAAUUCAAUACGCACGUGAAGACUCGGACGUGAUUGCUAAAGCUAAAGGAACAUAUGUCGAAAGAGCUGUUAGAGCUCCCAUUCGUACUCAGAAGAAGAAGAAGGGUGCCAAGGGAGCUGGAAGAGGUGGAGAUCACGAAGGACCAGCACCACCCAAUAAAAUCUUGUUCUGCACAAAUCUACCCGAUGAAGCUACCACUGACAUGCUUCAAAUUCUGUUCAAUCAGUUCCCUGGUCUGAAGGACAUUCGGUUGGUGCCAAAUCGAUCCGGCAUCGCUUUUGUUGAAUUUGAAUCGGAAGAAUUGGCCGCACCUGCCAGAAUAGCUCUUAAUAAUUUCAAGAUUACUCCGGAACAACAUAUGAAGGUCGACUAUGCUAAGAAGGUCUUUCAGAUGGCGAGAGCAGCUCUAGGAGUUUCACUAUCGAUUGCAUCUCGUUCCUCUAUGUUACGAUCCUCAUGUCAAGCUUGGCGAUCAUGUGGAAAAAUAGUGUCGGACUGUGGUCGUCCAGAGGAGACGAAUUGCUGGAAUUGCAGUGAUGCUGUGCAGUGUACCAAGCAAUUUUUUUGUAAUAAUUGUCAUCUUAUACAGCCACCUCCUGAGACUCAAAAUUUGUUUGAAUAUUUGGGAUUGCCGGUAUCAUUCGAGAUCGAGGACUCUGUGCUGAAGAAAAAGUUUCGUGAAAUGCAGUUUCAACUGCAUCCAGACAAAUUCGCUCAAGCUUCAGAACAUGAAAAAGAGAUAUCCGACGAGCACUCACGGAGGCUGAAUGAGUCUUAUAAAACGCUAUCCGAACCACUUCUCCGGGCCAAAUAUUUACUGAAAAUUUUAGGAGAGACUGACGCUACCAGCAAAGAUAUGGACCCGUCGUUUUUGAUGGAUAUGAUGGAGCGGAAUGAACGAGUGGCAGAAAUGAGUAGCGCACAGGAGCUGACAUCUGAGAUGGAUUCUGUGCAGAAGGAGAUCAAUAAUCUCUUGACAGGAACUGAGCAAACUGUUCGCAGAGAAGAACCUGGAAGGAGUUCGUACGGAAAUCACGAUGUUAAGCUAUUUGUAUUCGUUACGUUCUUUGAUUGA